AUGGAUUGGUUGGCAGAAAAUGGAAUAACUCUGGACUGUCAAGCAGGAAAGGUCAUCGUUCCUUCUAAAGAUGGUAAUUCUCAGUUCUUUGCUACUAUUUCCUUAUUGCAAGUUAGAAAAGAACUCCUUCGGGGAGCUGAAAGGUACUUGUUGUUAAUUGAGUCUGAGAAUACGGUUGAUACCCAACUUCAAAAUAUUCUUGUUGUUAAUGAGUUCGUGGAGGUGUUUCCUGAUGAAAUUCCUCGAUUACCUCCUCAUCGGGAGAUAGAAUUUCCUAUUAAACUUCUUCCUGGAGUUGGACCUAUUUCUAUUGCUCCUAACCGUAUGGCACCACUGAAACUUCGGGAACUUAAGAAACAAAUAGAAGAGAUUUCGUCAAAAGAAUUCAUCAAACCCAGCACUUCUUCAUGUGUGUGGAUUACCGUCAACUGA